AUGGCACAAGCAGAACUCAAGGCGCGUCGCCGCAGCGACUACAAGUUCCACCUUGAGUACCGGACGCGAUGGAGUGACAACGACAUGUACGACCACAUGAACAACAGCGUCUACUACUUCCUCUUCGACUCGGUCGUCAAUACCUACCUCAUCCAGCACUGCGCGCUACAUCCGCCCACCUCGUCCCAGAUCGGCCUCGUGGUCCACUCGCAUUGCGAUUACUUCGCGCCUUUGGGCUUCCCUGCCGUUGCCGACUUGGCGUUGAGGGUGAAUAAGCUAGGGAAGAGCUCCGUGACAUACGAAAUUGGCGUGUUCGAGAGAGGUAUCGAAGAAGUUAGGGCUGUCGGCGAGUUCGUGCACGUGUUUGUGGAUAGAGAUACGCGAAAACCAGGAACGAAUGGUAUGAGUGAAAAUCUGAGACAAGGUUUGGAGAAGAUCAUCGCCGAGAUGAGGCAUAAGUCCAGAUUGUAG